AUGGGAAUUUUUAGCGUUGGAAGUACAUUAGUGAAACCGAAACGAGAAGCAGCAGUUGAGAAAUCGGUUGUAGAAAAUGAAAACAUUUCGUUUAUAGCUGCUGAAGGAACAUUCUCUAUCGCAAUUGAGAAAACAAUGAUAAAAGUAGUGAUAAAAAUAGUGGAAAAACUAGUAGAUAGAAUAAUUGAAAACGUAGCUAAAAAGAUUCCAUUUAUUGGAAUUAGUUCAGGUAUUGGAUUUGUAAUAUGGAGAAUCUUAGAAAAUCCCGCAUUUUUCUCCACGUACGUCAAGGCAGGUUUUGAAAUAUUAUCUGGCAUUACUUCAACUAUUCCGGGUAUUGGUACAACCUUUUCAAUCACUACUGAAAUUGCUCUUGCAUAA